AUGGCAGCCACUGCAGGGCUGCUGCAUGAAUUUGCUGUUCUCACUCUGUAUGGGAUCAUAAUCUCAGGGCCUUACAUGCGCAAAGUUUGUGGUGCUGGCAAGAAAACCCGUACCUACUGGUUAAGCCUGGACAUGUCAUUGAGACAACUCUCGAUGGUUGCAAAUGGGAGAACUCUCAUGCACAUCCAGGCAACUGAUGGUGACCUUCCUCAUCUAUUGGGUGUACUGGUGGCCUUUCUCAAGGGAGCGCUGAAUGGGUGGGAACACUUCUCAUCAGGAAUUUUGGAAGAUGGAGCUAUCGCAGCACUGUCAGACAUUGAGCGAGUGAAUGGCUGGAUGCCCUCAACCAAUGACAUGAAUGAGGGCAUGUUGGGGACUUUUUGGGUACAUCAAAAGCUCAAACCUUCAACAACACAGCAUCAAUUUAAUGCAAAGAUGAUGAAAGAACUUGCUUACUACAAGGCCAAGACAGUAUUUGAACAGUGCCAGAAACAAGCCAAGACAGCAAAUGCUACUGCAAACCGUCAGAAAUGUCUGGACAGUGUGGAGCUAAUUCUGGAUGAGGCCAAGAUUAGAACACUCACCAGCAAGGAGCUUGAUGAUCAACUGGAUUUGCACCGGUGGUUGGUGAAGGGCCUGACCAUGAAAAAGGACCUCAAGCUCAAGGAUGACAAGUUCAAAGUGGUAAUAGCUGAGCUCAGUAUUAUUGUUGAAGCUGGGGUAACAUUUUCAGGUGGCAAGGAUGCAGGGGCUGAUUAA